GCAGCCAGGGCUGUACAGGAUGGCGCACAGCAAAACCACUAUGCUGCAGGGCCUGCUCCUUUUCGGCCUUCUGCACCUCACCUUGAGCCAUGACGGAGUUUUCCUGGAAAAGGGGCAGGCACUGUCACUGCUCAAGCGUCCACGACGUGCCAACAAGGGAUUUCUGGAAGAGAUGAUUAAAGGAAACCUGGAGCGAGAGUGCCUGGAGGAGACAUGCAAUUACGAGGAGGCCUUUGAAGCCCUUGAAUCCACUGUUGACACGGAUGCAUUUUGGGCAAAAUACCAAGUAUGUCAGGGCACAAAAAUGCCUAGGACAACUCUGGAUGCUUGUCUAGAAGGUAACUGUGCUGUUAAUCUGGGCCAGAACUAUCGGGGGACAAUUAACUACACCAAAUCAGGCAUCGAAUGUCAAGUGUGGACAAGCAAAUAUCCACAUAUACCUAAAUUUAACGCCUCCAUUUAUCCUGACCUCACUGAGAACUACUGCAGGAACCCAGACAACAACUCAGAAGGUCCAUGGUGCUACACACGAGACCCAACAGUGGAACGGGAAGAGUGCCCCAUUCCAGUAUGUGGUCAAGAAAGGACAACAGUUGAGUUCACUCCACGGGUCAAACCAUCAACCACAGGGCAGCCUUGUGAAUCAGAGAAAGGAAUGCUUUAUACAGGGACGCUUUCAGUCACUGUAUCUGGGGCUAGGUGCCUGCCAUGGGCCUCAGAGAAGGCCAAAGCAUUGCUCCAAGACAAAACCAUUAACCCAGAAGUGAAGCUGCUGGAGAAUUACUGUCGGAACCCUGAUGCAGAUGAUGAGGGUGUCUGGUGUGUAAUAGAUGAACCACCAUACUUUGAAUACUGUGACCUGCAUUACUGCGACAGCUCGCUCGAGGAUGAGAAUGAACAGGUGGAGGAAAUAGCGGGACGUACCAUCUUUCAAGAGUUCAAAACCUUCUUCGAUGAAAAAACUUUUGGUGAAGGUGAAGCAGACUGUGGAACUCGCCCUUUAUUCGAAAAGAAACAGAUAACAGACCAAAGUGAGAAGGAGCUGAUGGACUCCUACAUGGGAGGCAGAGUUGUACACGGGAACGAUGCAGAAGUUGGAAGCGCCCCCUGGCAGGUGAUGCUCUACAAAAAGAGUCCUCAAGAGCUGCUGUGUGGUGCCAGCCUCAUCAGUAACAGCUGGAUCCUGACUGCUGCUCAUUGCCUUCUUUAUCCACCCUGGGACAAGAACUUAACUACAAAUGACAUCUUGGUGCGGAUUGGCAAGCAUUUCAGGGCAAAAUACGAAAGGAAUAAAGAGAAAAUUGUUCUGUUGGAUAAAGUCAUCAUCCAUCCUAAGUACAACUGGAAAGAGAACAUGGACCGAGAUAUUGCACUCCUGCACCUGAAGCGACCGGUCAUCUUCAGCGACUACAUCCAUCCUGUCUGCUUGCCUACCAAGGAGCUUGUGCAGAGGCUGAUGCUGGCAGGUUUCAAAGGGCGGGUAACUGGCUGGGGAAAUCUGAAAGAAACGUGGGCCACUACCCCAGAAAACCUGCCAACAGUUCUGCAACAGCUCAAUCUGCCCAUUGUAGACCAAAACACCUGCAAGGCAUCCACCAGGGUUAAAGUCACAGACAAUAUGUUCUGUGCUGGUUACAGUCCUGAAGACUCAAAGAGAGGAGAUGCUUGUGAAGGGGACAGUGGGGGGCCUUUUGUAAUGAAGAACCCAGAUGACAACCGCUGGUAUCAAGUGGGAAUAGUUUCAUGGGGAGAAGGCUGUGACCGAGAUGGCAAAUAUGGAUUUUACACUCACGUAUUCCGCCUGAAAAAAUGGAUGCGAAAAACCAUUGAAAAACAAGGAUAGAAGAGAGCUUCCCUUGCUUGUUCUCAGUUCUGCUACAAUACUCCACUUCUUAAAAACAUACACAUUGAACAAAUCUUGAAGUGGAAGUUAAAUCCCUGCAACUUGACAAAGGAACGUGUUCCUCCUUGAAAAUAAAAGUUCUCAACCAUCUUCCUCCUUGUGUUCAUGCUAAGCUGAACAGCACCUGAAUCCAUGCCAUCACAAUAGCUAGCAGCACCAACACAACAGCACCUGCAGUACUGCUAGUUAAGAUGCUGCCCUUCAAGUGUUCUCCUCUACUCUAUCAGCAGUAACAAUCAACAGAUUUUAGACUUCAGAUGAUGGACUUCAGUCACAGUAAGCAAGACGUCCCUUGGACACUGUCCAUUCCCCCCUUCAACUAAAUUCAUUUUCUGUUCUAGAAAUCUGAAAGGAUAACAAGCUGGAGAUACCUACCUACCUUACAAGAACUGUAGCAUUAUUCAAAAUGCCACAUCAAGACUAAAGCAACUAUAGCCUUUGUUGAUAAGACAGACAUUGUUCUCAACCACAACAGCAGCAACAAAAUACCAUCUGUGCUUCUUACAAAGUUAGUGUCUUAAGUUACAGAUGUCAUCUAUGUGCAACUAAUGAGGUACAGAAAUAGGGGGUUUGAAUAGAUGAAGUAACACACGCAUUUCUGCAUAGCAGUAACUUUCUAUAUGGCAAGUACUGCUGGGACUUGAAAGUAUAUUUUCCACUGGCAUAACUAGAUUCAGAAGGAAGCACUUCGCACACACAAUUUCCAAAGGUCUUCCAAAGGCAGCAUCUGUCACUGUACCUAUUUUGUUCUUAUAAAACUGUUUAGGAUUCACCCUUAAAAGAAGCCCCGCUUCUUUCAUGAACUCUUCAGCAAAGACACAGAAGUACAAUAGUAUUAUAUAGACUGGCCAAUCUGUUCAGACCAGUUUUCUCUCAGACUAAAGAGGGAUUUGGAAGCUAUCUUUGCUCCCCAAAACAUCAUUCUCAAAUCCCUCAUCCCUCACAGUGCCAUCAACUUACAGAAACAAGCAAUAGAUAAAAGUUGUUCCUGCUUAAAUGGAGUAUUAAAGGAGAAUGACUUGAAAAAAGAUGGUAGAGAGAACUAUCCAAAAUUUGUUGGAAAUAAACAAAGUUAUUAAUCAGUUAA